UUAAAAUGCUGCUGUUCCUCCUCCACAGCCUCCAGUGAAGCCAUGGCCUCCAGUCGUCCCCUCCUCCUGUGGCUCCUCCUCUGCGUUCUGACGGUGGCUGAAGCCCAGCUGAGACUGUUUAACCUGCGGGCCAGCGACCUGCCCGCCAACAUCCUGGGAAUCACCGACGGUUAUGUCAAGGUGUUCUGUAGCAGCACGUCUCUGGGUGAAACAUCUGUUCGCAACAACAACCCAAACCCCUGGUGGGAGGAGGAGUUCACUCACUUCAUGGCCAAGGAGAACGACGUGCUGAGGCUGGAGGUUCAUGACAGUGACUAUCUCUUCGAUGACCUGGUGGGGGUUUGUCAGAGACAGCUCAAGCCGGGGACCCACGAGUAUGACUGCUACCUGGAGAAAGGCGGGAUCCUCCAUUACUCCUACACCCUCAGUUGAAGAAUUCAUGGAUGCAUGUGACCUUUGACCUUCACAGGCUCCUUGUAGUGAUCACAGCAGGUUAAAUCUUGAUGCGUGGUUUGAAGAGGUCCAUUAUUCACAUUUUUUAACAGGCAGAUCAUAUUCACAUUAACCCAGAAUGAAUGCAAAUUUAUUCACUCGGCCCAAAGAAAAUUUAAUCUCUUUAUUAAGCUUUAUCACUUACAACAGUGCUACUGCCCUUUUUGUCAAAUAGAAAUAAAUCUUCCCUGCAACAA